AUGAGUAUAAGGUGGCCAAGAGUGUUAAAUCCAACUCAGCUUUCUCAGAUUAUAAGAACUCAAAAGAACCCUUUAAAGGCUUUGAAAAUUUUCAACAUAGCCAAAUCAAAAUACCCUAAAUAUUCCCACAAUGGUCCCCUGUUUAUGCCACCAUGA